UUCUCAACACCAAGAAUUUCUCGAUUUUUUUUUCGUGAUGUUGACAACUUUGUUGAUGAAUGUUUUCACUCUAUACUGACGCCAUUGUUUAAAAUAACCAGGGGGUGUGACGCUCGAAGUCGCGUUUGGCGAAGUUAUUUCCUGUCCAACCAACAAUAUGCGACAAUUGCCAAACUUCGUGUUGCUAAUUGCAUUUUUUGCGAAAAGAAUGAUAUUCAAGAAUUGUUCAAGAUAAUUUCAUAACUCUAAAACAUGGCUCAACCUGUGUUAGCUACGUGUGGCCUCAACGAAGCGACCAUUCCUUCACUCACCCUCAUCAAGCAGGACUCCGGAGUAGACGGUAGCUUCCUAAUUGUCGCAAUUCUUGGCCAUCGCCUCAAAACGUCCAAAGAUCAUCGAGUCCUGCUGAUCGCUGCCCAGCACAACUUCACCCACUACAGUUCGGCCUGCCUCAAGCUGAACUACAACCUGGGACCAUCCCGAGACUCUGGACAACUGCAAACAAUGGACAUUGGAGCCGACCUAUUCCAGAACUUCCCCGAAGCAGGUCCCAAUCUAAGCGACCUGCAGAAGCACAUCGAAGUAUUCCUCCAAAGUUCACCACAAGCAACAAUUCUGAUCGAUGACUUGACCUUCUUCCUCAACCUCGGUCACAUCGAGUCGCAGCUGAUCGAUUUCGUCGAAGCAAUCGUCACCGGGCUAAAUCGUCCCAAUCAAGCGGUCGUAAUCAAGCUGAACACGGCCGACCUGUACGACGUGCUGGGUGCAAACUUGGACGAUCUGGCCGCGACGGAACUGCGGCUGGAGCGGUUGACGUCGGGCAACUUUCGCGAAGUAGAUGGGCGGUUGACCGUGAGCAGGGUGCGUGAGGAGGAGGACGCGUUAGUGCAGACGAAGCAGCGGGAACGGCAGGUGCUGUUUAAGGUAAACGAACGGAACGUGAAGGUGUUUGUGCCGGGCGAGCUGGGGAUUAAGAAUCUGUGAGGUAUGUUGGAGAAUUAUAAGAUUUGCUGUUGGAAA